CGUUGCAUUGUGGGGCACAACGUAAAGAUGGUAGCGGUCAUAGAGAGCACGUCGAAGCGAUCAUAACAUACUUCUAUUUGUUAAUUUCCUCCACAGUAAAGCUUUGCUGUUGCAAUAGCAGAGGCCUAAUCUGAUACAGAACUGUUAUUCUAAGAGAGAACAGGAGAUGUUUGGAGGUUUGUUAAGAGCUGGGUCGACCUUCUUCCACUCUGCUGGAACACUGCUGCUCCCAGCCAGGACCAUUUCUACAGGGACUUGCUGCCAGAUCAGGAUGCAUGCUAUUCCUCAGCCUAAAGAAGUUGACAGGUGGACCGAAAAAAGGAGCAUGUUUGGAGUUUAUGACAACAUCGGCAUCUUAGGGGAUUUCAAAGCCCAUCCUAAAGACCUCAUCAUUGCCCCCUGUUGGCUGAAGGGUUUUAGAGGUAAUGAAUUGCAGCGUUUGAUUAGAAAAAAGAAGAUGGUGGGAGACAGGAUGAUGACUCUGGACCGACACAACUUGGAGAAGAGGAUCCGCUUCCUCUACAGACGCUUCAACCGCACCGGAAAGCACCGCUAAUACCGCAGCAAACCUCACUCAACAAGAACUGUCAGAGUUUUUUCAUGUCAAUUCAUCAUAUGACUGUUAUGUUGAGUAAUUUAAUGAGGAAAUAUAUAUUUCAGACAUCGUGUACUUA